AUCCAUGUGGUCAGUCAAGGGAGUCUACUGCUUAGAUGACUAUUUUUGUUUAAUCUACAGAUAAUUAUCGAGAGGAAUUUUGUUUGUAUUGCAUUUAGAGUUCGUGCAGUAACAAGUUAGUGCAUGUAAUGCAGAAUAGGGUCUGAGGGGAGAUUCAACAUUACUUGCACCAGUGAGCGGCGCGCGAGGUGGAGUUUUUAACUGCUCGCGCUCUUGCGCUCUCUCUCUCUCUUUCUCUCUCUCUCUCUCUCACUCACACACACACACACACACACACACACAGGCUGACUCGCUCGCGUCUCGUGCUCUCGCUCCACGGGCAGUCAGUCGUGCAGUCGCGAGCGGCGAGUUGCGUCGGCAGCGCGCGCGGGAUGCUCUCGUGGCCGGUGUGUGUGCACAGGAGCGCUGCGAUUCCUCGUGCGUAGAGCUGGCGGGCACCGUGGCUGGAAGGUCGGCUUGCGACUAUCCUCCUCCUCCUCAUCCUCCACAUCCUCCUCCUCCACCUCAUCCACAUUCAGCCGCAGUUCCCUGUGGCGCGGCAACCGAGAGCGACAGCAUGGUGGCCAAGGAUUACCCGUUUUACCUGGUGGUGAAGAGAACGAACUGCGCGUUCGAGGUGCAGACGGUGCGCAGCGCGAGCAAGGAAGUCGAGGAGCCUAGCAACAAGCGAGCGAAGCCUCUGUCUCGAGUCACGUCGCUGGCUAACCUCAUCCCACCGGUGAAAGCUGCUCCGCUGAAGCGUAUCGGACAGACGCUGCAGCGCUCCAUCAGCUUCCGCAGCGAAAGCAGGACAGAGAUCAUGCCUCCUCGGCCGUGGAGCAGACAGGCACCGGCGGCCAACACCAAGCGCCGAGACAGCAAGCUGUGGAGCGAGACCUUCGAUGUAGGACUGGGACAGAUGCUGUCUUCUAAAGAAAUAAAAAGGCAGGAGGCCAUUUUUGAGCUGUCUCAAGGCGAGCAGGACCUGAUUGAAGACCUCAAGCUGGCCAAAAAGGCUUACCAUGACCCGAUGCUGAAACUCUCCAUUAUGACGGAACAUGAGCUCAAUCAGAUAUUCGGUACCCUGGAUUCCCUCAUCCCUCUUCACGAAGAUCUGCUGAGUCGACUCCGAGAGGCCAGGAAACCCGAUGGAUCAACAGAGCACGUGGGCCACAUUUUAGUGAAUUGGCUGCCCUGUCUGGACUCCUACAACAGCUACUGCAGUAACCAGGUGGCCGCGAAAGCCUUACUGGAUCAUAAAAAGCAGGACCACCGGGUGCACGACUUCCUGCAGCGCUGUCUGGAGUCGCCCUUCAGUCGCAAGCUGGACCUGUGGAACUUUCUGGACAUCCCACGCAGCCGGCUUGUCAAAUAUCCACUGCUGCUACGGGAGAUUCUCAAACACACACCUAACGACCACCCGGACCGGCAGCAUCUGGACGAGGCUAUCAACAUGAUCCAGAGCAUCGUGGCGGAGAUUAACAUCAAGACAGGCGAGUCGGAGUGCCGCUAUUAUAAAGAGCGUCUGCUCUACCUGGAGGAGAGCCAGAGAGACCUGCUAAUCGACAGCUCCCGCAUUCUCAGCUGCCAUGGCGAGCUCAAGAACAACAGAGGAGCUAAGCUACACGUGUUCCUGUUCCAGGACGUGCUGGUGAUCACACGGGCCAUCACACAGAACGAGCAGCUCUGCUAUCAGCUCUAUCGUCAGCCCAUCCCGGUGCGGGAUUUAGAGUGGGAGGACCUGCAGGACGGCGAGAUCCGCCUGGGCGGCUCCAUCAGAGGGGCUUUCAGUAACACAGAGAGGACCAAGAACUUCUUCCGGGUGACGUUCCGCAGCGGAGGUCAGCUCCAGUCGCACUCCUUCCAAGCAAGCGACGCCUUCAACAAGCAACAGUGGCUGAACUGCAUACGGCAGGCUAAACUAGCGACCGGCUCGUCUCAGCCUUCCCAGCACACGUCUCCCGCUCUGGAAAAAACUCUGGAGGAGCGCAUGGACCAAAGUGACAGCGAAUCCUCAGACUGUAGCAUGGACACUAGCGACCCCGGUGCUGAGGCUGGGACGCAGCUGAUGGAGCACACACACGUGGACGUGUGAACGCCGUGCAGUCUACGUGAAUGUGAUCUACAUCAACGCCGACCUGUACAGUAUUGUCACAGAGAAGCCGUCUGUACUUCAGUAGAAGCCACAGAGUAGAGAGAGCACUACUUUUCUUCUGCCACUACUUUACUUUCAUGUCUCUUUCUAUCUGUCCGUUUCUCUCUCUGUCUGUGGUGCAUCCUGUCGCACUCCCAACUGUGAAACUGUGUCAGGUUUCCUGUCGCCUGUACAGGACUCGAGUGAAGAGGACUCACUAAAAAUUCGUCAUUCCUCGUAAGCGCGACCCUCUGAGGAGAGGAAAGAUUCCACGUAGAGAGAUGUAUCAUAUUUAUGUCCGCGUGUCUGCGAUAACCGCCCAGACAAAACGACCAGAGGAAUGUUUUCACGACAAUCAAGAAAGCGGUGUUUUCGGUGGCUCACAGUGUUUUAAAAGCCCGAAGGGGUUGUACUGACGUUUCUACAGUUAUUCAAGACCAAUCUUGAAGUUCUCGAGGUCAUGGAUGCUUUCCAUGCUCACUGAAGCAAGACACGAUGAGAGUGAAGCCAAAAGCGUGCAGCUUCGUCACAAACGUGUUUCUACACGUCAGAGCGCUAAAAAGAUAAACCGUGGCUACGUGUUACACGUAUAUGAAUUAAAUGAAGGCUUCGUGCUGUUCCCUACAAAGACUAGGUUUUAAUUAGAUGAGCUGCAUCCAGCCAGAAAGCACUUUGAUUGAGAAUAAAGAAAAAUCAGGUAACAGUAAAAAACAUCAGUUUAGUGAAAAUAGCAGAGUUGCAGACGCUCUCACUUGGUGUAAAGUCGUAAUCGCUUGUGCCGUGUUGCUCAGCAUAAACUCGUGUCUUUUCCCCAAGUGUUGUGUGUUUGUGUGUGUGUGUGUGUGUGUGUGUGUGUGUGUGUGUGCCAGUGUAUCACAUCACAAUCUGCGCAAAGCAUUGCCAAAAAAAAGUGUUUUUAAUCCCGUGCGAGUUUACCUGUGGGCUCUCGUCGCUUCGUUCCACGUUCGAGGAAUCGGCAUCGCCACUAUUCAGAAAAACAGUAUAAUGUUUUUAUUGUUCCUUUUUUUUUUUGUUUGUUUGUUUUUUUUAAAGAAAUGUAUUAAAAAAUUCAUGCAGUAGUGUGGUUAUUUAUAGCUUUAUUUUUCACUCGACCUAACUAUGCUGUUCUUUUAUUUUCAAGUGCUCAUAGAACAGGAAGAGUUACCGCAGGUGAGCUAGAGAAGGUUUUAUAUACGGUCGGAUUUAAGGACAUGGUUUGACGCAAGGGAAGUAAAGCCAUACGGAGGGAUACGUGAACACGUGACGGGUGUGUGGGUGAGCAGUAUGUGUGUAUAAAGAUGGAAAGCUGGAAAGUGUGUAACGAGUACCAAAUAAAUGAUUUAAAAACA